AUGAGCCGGCCAUACUGCACUCAGAUCCUGGGAGACCUCGGCGCCGAGGUCAUCAAGAUAGAGCAUCCAGUGAGGGGCGACGAUACUCGAGCAUGGGGGCCACCGUAUGCUACCUACAAGGCCGGCUCUUUACACGAGGGCCCCGGUGAGUCUGCUUACUUUCUUGCAGUGAACCGCAACAAGAAGUCGCUGGCCCUGUCUUUUCAGGAUCCUGCCGGCAUCGAGAUCCUCCACAAGCUGGCCGCGAAGUGCGACAUCUUGGUUGAGAACUACAUUCCCGGUUCCCUCAAGAAGUACGGUCUGGACUACGAAACCAUCCACAAGAUCAACCCGGCGCUUAUUUACGCGUCCAUCACCGGCUAUGGCCAGACGGGGCCGUACUCACAACGCCCCGGCUAUGAUGUGAUGGUCGAGGCCGAGUUUGGCCUAAUGCACAUCACCGGCAGCCGAGACGGGCCGCCGGUCAAGGUUGGUGUUGCAGUUACCGAUCUGACCACGGGGUUAUACACCAGCAACAGCAUCAUGGCUGCGCUGCUUGCAAGUGCGAGGACCGGUAAAGGCCAGCAUAUUGACGCCGCGUUGAGCGAUUGCCAGACGGUGACGCUGUCCAAUAUCGCCAGCAGCUGCCUAAUUAGCGGGGAAAAGGAUUCCGGCCGAUGGGGGACGGCACAUCCCUCUAUCGUUCCGUAUAGGUCUUUCAAAACCAAGGACGGUGACGUCCUGUUUGGUGGGGGGAACGACAAGCUAUUCGGUAUUCUAUGUGAUGGGCUAAGCCGGCCCGAGUGGAAGGAUCACGCCAAAUUCCAAGUCAACGCUUCUAGAGUGGCUCACCGCGAUGAGCUUGAGGCAGAAAUUGAAGCCAUUACCGUGACUAAGACGACACAGGAAUGGCUCGACACCUUCGAGGGCAAGGGUAUGCCCUAUGCUGCUGUCAAUGAUGUGCAGGGGGCGUUGGCGCACGCGCAGACCAAAGCGAGGAACAUGGUAAUUGAGGUUGAUCAUGAUGAAUGCGGGCCUAUCAAGCUGCUCAACACCCCCAUCAAAUACUCGGAGAGCAAGCCCGGGAUUCGCAGUCCCCCACCUACCUUGGGACAACACACGGAUGAGAUUCUACGGGAACAUUUGGGGAUGGGCGAGGCUCAGGUGCAAGUUCUGAAGCAGAAGGGUGUUGUUAGGUAG